AUGAUUUCUCGAGUUGGGUCUAGCAUUCUGAGAGCGCCAUUGGCGUCGACAACUAGUUCAGUUCGCUUUUAUCACGAGAAGGUAAUUGAUCAUUACGAAAACCCACGAAAUGUUGGAAGUCUGGACAAAAAUGAUCCCACAGUUGGUACUGGAAUCGUCGGAGCGCCCGCUUGUGGAGAUGUGAUGAAACUACAGAUCAAGGGAAGUGUUUCGAUGUUUGCUUUCAUUUGUUUAGGUUGAAUUUUGGGGAGAAACAACGAAUUUUCUUAAGCAUGCUUGCAAUUUUCUGAUAGGCCAGAUGGUUUUGGUCGGCAUGGAUAAGAUAAUGGUCGUAGAAGGCUAAAAUUUUGGCUCUUCGUCGAUUAAGGCAUCCUUUUGCACAUGAAAUAGAUUUAAGCUUUUAAUUUUUUAUCUUUUUUAUUUAAAAGUCCAAUUAUAGUACACUUGGUAUCAGAUCCGAAGUUUUGAUGGUAAAAUACGUUUUGCCCAGUUCAACGAUAAAAUUUUAGGUUGACGACAAGGGAAAUAUCAUUGACGCAAAGUUCAAGACAUUUGGAUGUGGUUCAGCGAUUGCCAGCUCCUCUCUGGCCACCGAAUGGAUCAAAGGAAAGAAGAUUUCUUAUGCUGAAACAGUAAAGAAUGAUGACAUUGCCAAGGAGCUCUGCUUGCCACCAGUCAAAUUGCAUUGUUCUAGUAAGUGUCUCACUCUGAUUAGUUUUGUUUUCAAAUUUUAGAAAUCCUUUAUCAUGGAUAAUAUAAUUGGAUAUUGAUUUUAGUGCUCGCUCACGACGCCAUUCAAGCCGCAUUGAAGGAUUAUCAAAAGAAACAGAAGAAGGAGUAA